CCGCUUCGCUUUGUGGCAGCGGAGGUGCAGAAACGCCACUUGAGCCUCAGAGAAUCGCGACCCCCUCGACGCACAUCAACUCCCCGAUUCCUCGCUCUGCUGCUAAGUAUCAAAAUUACGCAAUGUCGAGGGCUUGAGAAUAUGCCAAUAUGAUCCACUGAACAGGUGUUGAGGUUUGCCCCUGGCAGAUUCGGGAAUGGCAAGAGGGAGUCGUCUUUUAAACCAUUGACGUGCUAGUGGACCGUGUCGUGAACUAGCUGUGGUCACGUGUUCGAGUCUGUUUUCGAUCGGUUGCGGAGGUGUGAUUGCUGUUCUGCAGAUUUCGUUUGAAAUCCAGAUUGCGCAAUGGCGGAGGGGAAGCUGAUAUUGCACGGGGUUGCGUCCUCAACGUGCACAGGGAGGGUGCUCGUCGCUCUCUUGGAGAAAGGCGUGGAAGACUUCGAACUCAAGGUUGUCAAUGUUCGCAAGGGCGAAGGCAAGACACCCGAGCACAAAGCCCUACAGCCUUUUGGUUUGAUUCCAGUCCUACAAGAUGGAUCGUUGACCCUGUUUGAGUCGAGGGCGAUCAUUCGGUACAUAGCUAACAAGUUUGAAGGGCAAGGCACUCCCAUCUACGGAUCAACUCCCGUUGAGAAAGCCCUGGUGGAGCAAUGGCUGGAAGUAGAAGGUCAGAACUUCAACGCGGCGUGCAAAGAAUGCCUGAAAUAUGCUGCUGCCUCCCCAGUAGACCAGGAGAAGCUCGCUCAAGCUAUGGAGAAGUUCAGCAAAGUGCUGGACAUCUACGAGGCCCGUCUCUCCGACACUCAAUUCCUAGCUGGGGAUUUUUUCAGCCUAGCUGACCUCUCCCACUUGACCACCGGGUGGAAACUCUUUGACAAAUACAAACAGGGCGUCGUUUGCUUCGAGGGCAGACCCCAUGUGAAGGCCUGGUGGGCGGCCAUCUCUUCCCGCCCUGCCUGGAAGAGGGUGCUGGAGAUGAUCUAAGCUCCAUCGCCAUACCUUUCUCUGUGAGAAGAAUCACUUUUUUCUUUUUUCUUUUUUUGAAACUGAUUCUUACGAGUCCAUUUCUGCAGCAUGUUUUUGUUGGCCUCGUGAGAUCAUUGUAAUUGAACUUAGCGGUGGCAGCGCUUACUCUACGGAGAUCGCGCCAAUACAGAAUCACUGCAUGUGUUUCAAUUUCAGUGCAAUAAAGUUUGUUUUUCGAGGGCAAAA